AGAAACCUCCCUGUUUUCUUCUGAAGACCAACUAAGUUCAUCUGUUUCUUCUCAGCUACAGACUCUGAUACUGAGUUCAGAAAUGUCUUCUGGCAGCAACCUGAGGUCUGAGGAUCAGUUUCUGUGCUCCAUCUGUCUGGAUGUGUUCACUGAUCCAGUCAGCACACCAUGUGGACACAACUUCUGCAAAGCCUGCAUCACUCAGCACUGGGAGGAAAAUGAAAGAUGUCAGUGUCCUGUAUGUAAGAAGGUGUUCAAGAUGAGACCUGAGGUGGAAAUCAACACCUUGAUCAGAGAGAUGGUUGCUCAGUUCAGACAUGAAGCCCAGCAGGAAGCCAGCAGCAGCAGCUCAGCUGCUAAACCAGGAGAAGUUCCCUGUGACGUCUGCACUGGAACCAAGCUGAAGGCCCUGAAGUCCUGCCUGGUGUGUCUGCUCUCCUACUGUCAGACUCACCUGGAGCCUCAUCUGACCACUCCACGUCUGAAGAAACAUCAGCUGAUGGAGCCUGUGGAGAACCUGGAGGACAGGAUGUGUCUGCAGCACGAUAAACCUCUGGAGCUGUUCUGUAGGACCGACCAGACAUGUGUCUGCUCUCUCUGUCCUGUUCUAGACCACAAGAACCACAAGUUUGUUCCUCUGAGAGAAGAAUCUGAAGGAAAGAAGGCAGAGCUGAAGAAGACCGAGGCUGAAGUUCAGAAGAUGAUCCAGAGCAGACGAGUGAAGAUCCAGGAGAUCAAAGAGUCGGUGAAGAUCAGUAAAGAUGCUGCAGACAGAGAGAAAGCAGAAGGUGUUCAGGUCUUCACUGCUCUGAAGGAGGCUGCUGAGAGAGGCCUGGAGGAGCUCAUCAAGGAGAUCCAAGACAAACAGAAAACUGCAGAGAAACAGGCUGAAGACUUCAUCAAAGAUCUGGAGCAGGAAAUCUCUGAGCUGAUGAAGAGGAGCUCUGAGGCGAAGCAGCUCUCACAGUCUGAAGACCACCUCCACCUCCUCCAAAGCUUCUCCUCCCUGAAAGCUGCUCCACCCACCAAGAACUGGACAGAGGUCAGAGUUCAUCCUCCAUCAUAUGAGGGGACUGUGGUGAGAGCUGCUGCUCAGCUGCUGGAGAAGAUGAAGGAGAAGAUGGAGCUGAAGAGGGUCCAGCAGUAUGCAGUGGAUGUGACUCUGGAUCCUGAUACAGCUCAUCCUAAACUAAUCCUGUCUGAUGAUGGAAAACAGGUGAAACAUGGAGAUGUGAGGAAGGAGCUUCCAGACAACCCAGAGAGAUUUACUCCAUCUAUUUGUGUUUUAGGACAUCAGAGUUUCUCUUCAGGCAGAUUUUACUUUGAGGUUCAGGUUAAAGGAAAAACUGAGUGGGAUUUAGGAGUGGCCAGAGAGUCCAUCAACAGGAAGGGAGACAUCACUCUGAGUCCUCAGAAAGGUUUCUGGACCGUUUGGUUGAGAAAUAGAAAUGAGUACAAAGCUCUUGAUAAACCUUCAGUCCGUCUCCAUCUCCAGCCUGGUCCUGAGAAGGUGGGGGUGUUUGUGGAUUAUGAGGAGGGUCUGGUCUCCUUUUAUGAUGUAGAUGCUGCAGCUCUGAUCUACUCCUUUACCAGCUGCUGCUUCACCGAGAAGCUCUACCCAUACUUCUGUCCCUGUAAUAAUGAUGGAGGUAAAAACUCUGCUCCUCUGAUCAUCUGUAGUUCAGAAAUGUCUUCUGGCAGCAACCUGAGGUCUGAGGAUCAGUUUCUGUGCUCCAUCUGUCUGGAUGUGUUCACUGAUCCAGUCAGCACACCAUGUGGACACAACUUCUGCAAAGCCUGCAUCACUCAGCACUGGGAGGCUAAUGUUCCCUACAAGUGUCCCCUCUGCAAAGAGCUUUUCACCUCUAGACCUCAGCUGAGAGUCAACACCUUCAUCAAAGAGAUGGUUGCUCAGUUCAGACAUGAAGCUCAGCAGGAAGCCGGCAGCAGAAGCUCAGCUGCUAAACCAGGAGAAGUUCCCUGUGACGUCUGCACUGGAACCAAGCUGAAGGCCCUGAAGUCCUGCCUGGUGUGUCAGGUCUCCUACUGUCAGACUCACCUGGAGCCUCAUCUGACCACUCCAGGUCUGAAGAAACAUCAGCUGAUGGAGCCUGUGAAGAACCUGGAGGACAGGAUGUGUCUGCAGCACGAUAAACCUCUGGAGCUGUUCUGUAGGACCGACCAGACAUGUGUCUGCUCGCUCUGUUCUGUUCUAGACCACAAGAACCACGAGUUUGUUCCUCUGAGAGAAGAAUCUGAAGGAAAGAAGGCAGAGCUGAAGAAGACCGAGGCUGAAGUUCAGAAGAUGAUCCAGAGCAGACGAGUGAAGAUCCAGGAGAUCAAAGAGUCGGUGAAGAUCAGUAAAGAUGCUGCAGACAGAGAGAAAGCAGAAGGUGUUCAGGUCUUCACUGCUCUGAAGGAGGCUGCUGAGAGAGGCCUGGAGGAGCUCAUCAAGGAGAUCCAAGACAAACAGAAAACUGCAGAGAAACAGGCUGAAGACUUCAUCAAAGAUCUGGAGCAGGAAAUCUCUGAGCUGAUGAAGAGGAGCUCUGAGGUGAAGCAGCUCUCACAGUCUGAAGACCACCUCCACCUCCUCCAAAGCUUCUCCUCCCUGAAAGCUGCUCCACCCACCAAGAACUGGACAGAGAUCAGAAUUCAUACUCCAUCAUAUGAGGGGACUGUGGUGAGAGCUGCUGCUCAGCUGCUGGAGAAGAUCAGGGAGAAGAUGAAGGAGGAGAUGGAGGCUAAGAUGAAUAGGGUCCAGCAGUGUGCAGUGGAUGUGACUCUGGAUCCUGAUACAGCUCAUCCCUGGCUCAUCCUGUCUGAUGAUGGAAAACAGGUGAAACAUGGAGAUGUAGGGAAGAAGCUUCCAGACAACCCAGAGAGAUUUUCUGAGUGUGUUUGUGUUUUAGGACAUCAGAGUUUCUCUUCAGGCAGAUUUUACUUUGAGGUUCAGGUUAAAGGAAAAACUGAGUGGACUUUAGGAGUGGUCAGAGAGUCCAUCAACAGGAAGGGAGGAAUCACUCUGAGGCCUCAGAAUGGUUUCUGGACUGUUGUGCUGAGAAAUGGAAAUGAGUACAAAGCUUGUAUUAAACCUUCAGUCCGUCUCCAUGUCCAGCCUGGUCCUGAGAAGGUGGGGGUGUUUGUGGAUUAUGAGGAGGGUCUGGUCUCCUUUUAUGAUGUAGAUGCUGCAGCUCUGAUCUACUCCUUUACCAGCUGCUGCUUCACUGAGAAGAUCUACCCAUUCUUCAGUCCCAGUCCAAAUGAUGGAGGUAAAAACUCUGCUCCUCUGAUCAUCUGUUAG